AAUUGAUAUCUGAUGAAGAUGACUCUGUUUAUAUCUUCUUCUGUAGGUGAUCACCCUCAUCAGUCAGAUAUAGACUUUAAUGGUGGAGAGUCAGAUAAAGGAUCUGGUUCUGUUGAUGCAGUGAUUGAGUCUGUCCUUGAAGAUGCACUUGCAGGUGACCACCCUCAUCAGUCAGAUGUAGAGUUAAAUGGCGGAGAGUCAGAUAAAGGAUCCAGUUCUGUUGAUGCAGUGAUUGAGUCUCUUCUUGAAGAUGCACAAAAUGAAGAGUCAGAUAAAGGAUCACAUGCAGGUGAGAAUUCUGACUAUGCUAACUAGUGCAAUAGUUGAUAGAAAUUGAUAUCUGAUGAAGAUGACUCUGUUUAUAUCUUCUUCUGUAGGUGACCACCCUCAUCAGUCAGAUGUAGAGUUGAAUGGUGGAGAGUCAGAUAAAGGAUCGGGUUCUGUUGAUGUAGUGAUUGAGUCCGUCCUUGAAGAUGCACAUGCAGGUGAGAUAUCUGACUAUGCUAACUAUGGCAAUAGUUGUUGGAAAUUGAUAUCUGAUGAAGAUGACUCUGUUUAUAUCUUCUUCUGUAGGUGACCACCCUCAUCAGUCAGAUAUAGAGUUUAAUAGUGGAGAGGCAGAUAAAGGAUCCAGUUCUGUUGAUGCAGUGAUUGAGUCUGUCCUUGAAGAUGCACAUGCAGGUGACCACCCUCAUCAGUCAGAUGUAGAGUUUAAUUAUGGAGAGUCAGAUAAAGGAUUGGGUUCUGUUGAUGCAGUGAUUGAGUCUCUCCAUGAAGGUGCACAUGCAAGCGACCAACCUCUUCAGUCAGAUGUAGAGUUGAAUGGUGGAGAGUCAGAUAAAGGAUCCAGUUCUGUUGAUGCAGUGAUUGAGUCUCUUCUUGAAGAUGCACAUGCAGGUGACCACCCUCAUCAGUCAGACGUAGAGUUUAAUGAUGGAGAGUCAGAUAAAGGAUUGGGUUCUGUUGAUGCAGUGAUUGAGUCUCUUCUUGAAGAUGCACAUGCAGGUGACCAAUCUCAUCAGUCAGAUGUAGAGUUUAAUGAUGGAGAGUCAGAUGAAGGAUUGGGUUCUGUUGAUGCAGUGAUUGAGUCUGUCCUUGAAGAUGCACUUGCAGGUGACCACCCUCAUCAGUCAGAUGUAGAGUUUAAUGAUGGAGAGUCAGAUAAAGGAUUGGGUUCUGUUGAUGAGGUGAUUGAGUCUCUCCAUGAAGAUGCACAUGCAGGUGACCAAUCUCAUCAGUCAGAUGUAGAGUUUAAUGAUGGAGAGUCAGAUGAAGGAUUGGGUUCUGUUGAUGCAGUGAUUGAGUCUUACCUUGGAGAUGCACAUGCAGGUGACCACCCUCAUCAGUCAGACGUAGAGUUUAAUGAUGGAGAGUCAGAUAAAGGAUCCAGUUCUGUUGAUGCAGUGAUUGAGUCUCUUCUUGAAGAUGCACAUGCAGGUGACCAAUCUCAUCAGUCAGAUGUAGAGUUUAAUGAUGGAGAGUCAGAUGAAGGAUUGGGUUCUGUUGAUGCAGUGAUUGAGUCUUACCUUGGAGAUGCACAUGCAGGUGACCACCCUCAUCAGUCAGACGUAGAGUUUAAUGAUGGAGAGUCAGAGUCUGAUAUGGAUGAUUCUGAUGAAUCUUGGAUUGAUUCAGAUAGUGAUCCUGAUAACUCAUCGAGUAAAAGCGAUUCUGAUAACGCAUCAAGUGAAAGUGAAAACGAUGAAAACCUUCCAGAUGUUGACAAAAGUGUUUCUAAAAAGGGCAGUCAUCAAAUUCUAAAGAGUAUUGAAAAUGUGAAUUCUCCUCAAAAAAGAAAAAAAACUUUGUCAUGUGAAGAAUGUGACUUCGACAUAGAGUAUCCGAACAUUUUUUUCAAAAAGUUCCAAAAAGGAAAUAAUGAAAGAUCAAAAACCGGAAGAACAUACGACCUUGUUCAUUCAUGUAUGUUUUGUCAUGACCUUUAUUCAAACAUCCAAACUCACAUUGAGAACAAACAUGGCAACAAAAAAGAGGUACAAGAAAUUAAAACCAUGAAACAGAAAAAAGAGUUCUGCAACACAGAAGAGAAAACUGACCUUAUGAAGGAAAUCAAUAGAAAAGUUACGCUGAUUCGCAAUAAGGGAGACAAUAUCCACAAUAUGUCUGUUCUUCAAAAAGGUGAGGGCGAAAUACUACUUUCAAGAAGAACCCAGAAUAAAUUCAGUCUGAAACAAUAUGGGCCUUGCCCGGAAUGUUUUGAAUGGAUUCAGCUUGAGAAAUCAGUUGCAAAUCAUCGGACCUCUUGUCCAGCGUUUAAGACAGGAUCAGAUUUCCAGAGCAAAGGGUCUGUUAUCAUUCAGGCUAAAGUUAUGGCAGGAAAAAUCAUUCCAGAAAGUUCAAAAAUACUUCAAAAAGAAGUUCUUCCAGCGAUGAGAAGAGACAGCAUUACAGACUGUGUUUUGGAGGACCACAUUAUUCUGAUGCUUGGAGAUAUAUGGCUCAGUAAAAACAUAGAUAAUAAAAGAAAACGAAAACAUUAUGCGAGUUACCACAUGCGACUUGCUGGACUCCUCCUUGUUCGAGAAACAACAAACCUAUCUCUUAGUAUGUCGGAUUUUCUGGUUCCAAAAUAUUUUGAUGUUUUUGUGUCUUGUGCACUUAAGGCUUGUGAUGGUGUUGACAAGGAGGAAUCUGAUGAAUUUGACUUGGACCACCCAAGCACGGCUUUAAAAAUUGGGUUUGACCUUUGUCGUUUAGCGUCUGUGAAACUUGGAAACAGUAUAAAAUCUGGAGAUGAACAAGGGCGUUUAGAUGCUUCAAACUUUCUAAACCUGAUGAAGUUAGAAUGGACUGUUAAAGUAACAAAAAUUGCAAAAUCAACCCUGAAUGAGCGUCAUUUUAAUGCUCAAAAGAGUCUACCAGAUCCCGAAGACAUUGCAAAAUUAGCAAAGCACAUCACAAAUGAACUUGCCAAUUUUGAUGUGGAAAAUAUGACUCCAGAUAAUUAUAGAAAAGGAGUUAUACUCUCCGAAAGUCGACUUCUAUUGUACAACCGUCGAAGACCUGGGGAACUUGAGGCUUAAAGUUUGAAAUGCUACGAAAACAGAUCAAAAGAAAUGUCUGCUGUGGACAAAUCUUUAAGCCUGGAAUUGACGGAUUUAGAAAAACAAAUGUUGGACACCCAGCAUGUUAUUUAAGUUCGCGGAAAG